UCGAUCUCGCGCACCUCGUAUUUUCUUCCCCACUCGAUUAUUCCCAUUUCCGGGAAGGAAACGGAGAUCGAAAAGGAAAAAGAAAGAAAAAAGAAGAGAAAAAAAGGAGAAAAUUCGUUUCGUCGCCUCAAGGAAAUUACAUCUUUCCCUUGGAAUUAUUUAUCGGAAAUAUUAUUUAUCGAAUGAAACGUUUUUCGCGACCGGUACCGGUAUUUCUUUCGCCUUCUCGCGAAUCGACAGAAUUUCGGUACAGAAUGAUAAAAUAUUGCCGGGAAACGUUUGCUCGGUCCGUUCGUAUUGUUUCCGGCAAUUUUUCAACAACAAUUACGCUUCGAAACUUCUAAACAAUGGAACAGGAUUUUUGCUCUUUUUCAAAACACCUCCUUUUUUUUUCGCGUUGGAAGAGAUCCAUGAUGUUUGCGCAGCCAGGAAUCCGUGACAUUUCUGUAAUCCCCCCUGAAUGCUGUUUUUCACGCAAAUUAUUCCACCCGUGUUUUUUAUCCCCCUCCCACCGUAAGAAUCGGUAUUCAUUUUCCACGAUAACAGCAACGUUUUCGAAGCGGAUCGCGACCAGUCUCUUGACACGUCGCGUUUGCGUCACGCGUGAAAUCGACCAGGCGCGUUUUGCGGCGCGUGUUUAACGAACACUUGAGAUUAGAGUGACUCGCUGCGGAUUAUCGGACGUGUAAAACGUCUGGUUGUACAUCGCAUAUGGUGUCGUCGAGGAUCGUCUCCAGUACUAUUAAUUAAUUUCGUUCGUCGUUUGAAUCUUCCAUCGUUACGUUACGCGCUCCGACGAUUACUUGCAACUUGCUUGCAACUUACGGAUAAUGGAUUCGACGCGCCAUCUUAUCGACGAUGAGAAUUAAUUUUUUGAGGAAAUGGCUGUUAGAAGAAUAUGAUAUGUGACAAGCAGUGCCAAGUUUACGCGAAGGAAAGGAAGAAAAACGAUAUCGUUGGAAUAUCGUAUUGUAUUGGUAAAUGUACGAGAAAACGUGCAUUUACGAAAUUGUAUAUUCAAAAUUUCUAAAACGAACGACACGUUAAACCGGAAAAUUCGCAGUAUUUCAACUGAAUCGUUCCCCGCUCUUUGGACAGGUUGUCGUGUAUUUGUUUUAAUAAAAUUAAUUUGCUUUGUUUUAUCAAACUGCCCUUUGCGAAUAGGGGCGAACAGGAGAGGUUGGUGAACACGAGCCAGAUGAGAAUAUACAUUUUAUAUUGGCUGCAUAAGCGCUGCAUUAACGAAAAAUAAUUUCCACCAUUUCACUCGAAAGGGAAUUUACUUGAAAGAGUCGAGGGUCGCUUUUAACGGAUGAAAAAUAACUCGCGAAUAUUCGCGAAAAGGGAGAGAGACGUUCCCAGAUAUUUCACCCUCCCUGUAUUUUUGCUAGUUUACGAGUACUCGAUUCAUAAGGCGAUUCCUUCCCCCAUCCGGUAUUGUUUUCGUCGAUUUCCCACGAAUAAUUUCGGUCUCGCGGCAAUAAAUUCCCCGCCUCUUCCUUACCGUUCAACAAGAAGCAACUUUUCGUUCGCGACUACUUCUGUCUGAGAUAAACACGAAAGUUAAGUUACAAUGGCGGGAUGCUCUGGUCGAAGUUAAACUAGAAUUGGGCGUUGCACAAGUGGCUAACAAUAAGUUAUUAAGCAGUUGUUCAAGUUUUAAUUGCAUCUCGCAGUACUGGCAUUCAGGGGGGAGAGGAGAGAGAGAGAGAGAGAAAGAGAAAGAGAGAAAGAGAGAAAGAGAGUGGCCUGGUCUACGUAACGUUGACGAACUUAUUCCCAGGAUUACCGGUGAAUAUUCCACGGAACGAGUAUUUCUACCGUGCUUUUUUUCCCCAUCUCCCCCUCCUCUGCCCCGUUUCGCCCCCUCCCCCCCAUUUUCAAAUAUUAACUCUGUGGACCACGAGAAUCCCUUGAAAUAUUAAAAAGUUUGCUCACAUGGGCGACCGCGAGAAAAUGACAAUCUCUCGUGCAAUUCCCACCGAAUAUCUGCUUUAUUAUUUGAUUCGUUAAAAUGUUUCACGAAUUUUUGCGCGAAAAAAUGAUACGAGAAGUCGGUUUCCUUGCCGCGAGAAAAAUUCCAUUAAAAUCGAUCCGACGACUUACCGGGCCAAGAUGCUUGUAUCCGCUCUGCAAAGCCAAAAGGGAUGCGACUGGGGAUCCGCCUUCGAUUCGAACUACCCAUUCUUCUCGACGACGAUCAUCGAUACCUGUCCCAAAUUUAUUCAUUGACAGGAUCCAGCAAGUGAUAAACCAGACGAAACGAAAAUUCACUCCGACAUCACCCGCGACGCCGAUUAAAAGCAUAUUGAUACUUCACUCGAUUUCUUUCAGUCGACGUUCACUCGACGACCAAUGGAUCUCAAAUGACACGUGAUCGAACAAUGUGUGCGACAAUUAGUUGUGAUCCUCCUUUUUGCUUGUCGAGGGAUUUAUUUUCCCCACCAAGCUUCCCUCUAGGCUGGCAGGUAGCGGUGGAAGGGUGAGCCACGUGAUAAGGUUAUAUUAAUUCAUCGUGGAAACAGCGAUUACAUCGUGGGAGAAGAUCAAAUAAUAUUAGGUAAUCCCGAUCUAAUCCCGUCUUAGAGCUUGCUCGACUUAACUCGGACCUAACAUAACCGCUCUCGAGCACCGCUCUCUUGCAGUUUGUUCCUUCAACCAGGAAGCAGGAAGCCGCACCAACGUUUCGAGAUAGUUUCGCGAAAUUUUGUCGCAUUGACGUGGACCGGAGUGUGCCGUAAUUAGUGUUCAUUCAAUUGGGCUUGAAAGACACGGAGGAAGGAUCAAUGCGUGCGACGAUGAAGGAAGAAAAAACAACCUCCCCCGCGUAUCGGACGAAACUGUCGCGGGAGGAUGUUACAGUUGAAGUGGCUCUCUCGUAAUUAGGAUUUCCACGAGUAUAGGUGGAUUUCCAUGGAAUAACGACGCAACCAUGAUCAAUAUGAAGUUUUUUCGCGUCGUACUGGCCCUUCUAGGAGGUACGCACGUCCUCUGCGCCCAGCCAUCCGCCUCGCCUACCGUGAAAAGUGCCGGUGGAUCGAGUCUGGCGAGUGUGGUCGCUGGAAGUAAGCCGACGAGACUUUUGAAUAAACCGGAUUUCGACGAUAUCGGCCCACGAAAUGUCACCGCCAUUGUUGGCCAAACAGCGGAAUUGAAUUGCUUCGUGAAACAUCCUGGAGACAGAGUGGUAUCCUGGAUGCGUAAAAGGGAUUUACACAUACUCACGUCGUCCAUCUAUACGUACACGGGGGACGAAAGAUUUUCGGUGAAGCAUCCCGAGGCAUCCGACGAAUGGACGUUGAAGAUCGAUUACGUUCAGCAACGCGACGCCGGGGUUUACGAAUGCCAGGUUAACACCGAGCCCAAAAUGAAUUUAGCCUUCGUUUUGAGAGUGGAAGAAAGUGCCCCUGUCCCCGCCACCACCACACCGAACGCCAUUCACCGGACGUUCAACUCAGCCGCUCAGGCGAAAAUCGUGGGUCCGGAAGACGUCUACGUGAAGAAGGGUAGCACGAUAAGCCUCACGUGCACCGUUAAUGUGCAAAGUACACCGCCCAGCAGCGUUUCGUGGCAUCACGGAGGAGAUGUGGUGGAUUUCGACAGUCCCAGCGUUCACCGUAGGGGCGGGGUUUCCUUGGAGACGGAGAAGACGGAAAGCGGCACGACGAGCAGACUUCUGGUGACACAAGCCAGAUUGACCGACAGCGGAAAUUACACCUGCAUUCCCAGCAACGCGAAUCCAGCCAGCGUAAUGGUCCACGUGCUGAAUGGGGAACAUCCAGCGGCCAUGCAACACGGCGGAAGUUGCGGCGUCGCGCCCACCAUUUUAUCGGCGACCCUUACUCUGGUGAUCUCGAACCUGCUGAGGUGAGCGGUAUCGUGCUUGUGAAUCGUGCGACUUCGAAGCCACGGGCUGGUCGAGCUCGUUUCGUGAACCGGUGAGACGGUAGCCGAAGGAAGGAGGAAGAGGAGGAGGAGGAGGAGGAGGGGUUGAUGGUUGUUGUUCAAAGGUAAAAAGCGCGAACGAAGGAGAAGGCCGCGCCUCUCUGCUUUAGAGGAAAGCGUACGGAAAUCACGUUGCGAGAAUAGAAACGUGACUUAGCGGUGCUGCCAACGCUGCGAAAUCAUCGGGGUGGUUUUUAAAUGGGAGGAGGGACGGGGGACAGGAGGGAGGGAGAAGAAGGAAUUUAGGGGUUGGAACAAAGUGCAGUGGAUCUGGACGCAGUGGUGGUGAACGCAGUGACACGGAAAGUGGAGCUCGACUUUGCACACGUACGUUUUUACCGUAAAUUUUCAUUCCACGUCAUAAACUAUUCCACAUACGUUUAUAUUUCUUUAGCAAUUUUUCAUCGGCCAUCGUGUGUGGGGAGGGAGGAUGUGUGACUCGCGAGUGAAGAAAAGAUGGGAGAGAGAGAGAGAGAGAGAGAAAAAAUAACAAAAGGUUCGUAUUUGUAUACCUCUGCGAAACUCGGAUAAAAAAACGACAAAGAAUUCGAUUAAAGGAUUCCGAGAGAUGCGAGACUGACUCUGAAGAUCGGAUGCGAUCGAUGAACGAGUGUGUCCAAAGCGUGUUUAAUCAAAAAGCGGCUUCGAGAUACUAGUGAACAGCUCGUCUAACGGACUUCUCGAGAUCAGAAAUUAUAUACGAUCCGACGAUUGAUUGAUGGGACGAUUAAUUGUCCGAGAUCGUGUAUAUCGAGUACGUAGCGUAAGUUUCUUUGUAUAUAUAUAUAAAAAAGGAAGAAGAAGAAAAAGAAGAAGAAGAAAGAAGGACCGUUCGAUAUAAUAGCGAUUUCGUCGCGACCUCGUUUGUACAGUGAGAAAACGUGAUCGAGAAUUACGGGAAUCGCGGAUCUGGGCAACGUAUGUACAUAAAGGAACUAUUUCGAUUUCCGUCUCGAACGUUUAAAGUAUGAAACUUUCCGUGUUAUCGUUGAUCACGGGAUUAGAUCGGUCGGAGUUUGCCCAGAUCCGAUUGGUCGGCCUCCGGAAUUUACUGUAAUUUCGCGAGGACGAGUUCCCGACAGUUUCCAGCGAGAGGAUUCUCGAUCGAUAUACAGAUACGGAUAUUCUUUUUCUUUCAUCGACGCGUAAUUUCUCCUUUUUUCUUUUUUUAGGAAGGAUAAAUUGUCAUCGAUAUCAGUCGCGCUCGAUAUGUUUCUGGUUUGUUUGAGAGAGAGAGAAUUGUUGGUGAACGAGGGACGACAAAGCGAUGUCGAUUCGUUGUUGCUCACGAUAACUGCUCACACUUCUGUUUCCAGGGAACGUGAUUGUUUAAUCGGUGCCUGUUUCUUUUUUUUUCUCUCUCUCUUUUUUUCAGUGGACAAAACAUCGUUUUCUUCCGCAAAAUUUCGAAUCGAAUUCUAUUGGCGAACGAUCGAUUCGUCGCUCGUUCGGUUCAACGUCUAAAUCAAAACGAUGCAAUCACGUUAAUCCGCGAGAAGGAAUUUACCUUAUCGUAGGAAUUACGAAUUCUACGAACGCGCAUAGGGCUCGUAUUUAGAUAAGAAUACGAGGAUAAUGUAAAUGUACGAUUAAGAGUAUCUGUUAAUAGAUAUCCGCGAACGAGAAACAAACGUUCUGUUUCGUGUUUCGAAGAAUACAGAUAAAAAUCUCUGAUAAUCGAAUAAUCAUCGAAAUUUUUUGAGAUUGAAUUUCAACUCGAGAGUAAAUAAUUUUCGUUGGAAGUCGAUCGAUUUUUUUUUUCUUUUUUCGUCCGUCGAUUCGUCAACCUUCUUCCUUCCGGAAUAUUUGUCGUCGUGAAGAUAACACGCGCGAUCUUCUAAAGACACGAGACGGUAGUGACUUUAAUUAGUAGAUUUAUUACGGAUAAAUAAUGUAAACGAGUAAACGGAAAACGAUAUCAUAACGAUGUAGAGAGCGAGUUAAGACGCGAUUUAAUCAUAGGUUUAAAUAGAUUUUUUAUAACGUUGUACCACGUGGCCAAAGAGUCUGGUGCAUAUACAUGAUGUAAAACAAGAAACUGCCAGAAACUGCCAGAAAUUGCAAUUCACUGUGUUACGUUGCACGGAUUUUACAACACGGAGAGGCGAGAAAGGGAAGGUUCGCGAUAUAUAAUAUAUUAUUCCUUCUUGUAUAGUUUAUACGGUAAUUUAUGUCGUUGUGAGAGGACAAUAUUUUGAAGUUGAAGCGUGAGGGAUAGCGUUAAAGUGCGGUUGUUUGAAGUAAAAGAAAAAAGAAAAAAAAAAAAAAAAAGAAAAAAAACAGAAAAAAAAGAGAUGAUACGUGAAAAAGUAUGAUCUAACGAGAAAUCAAAAUCGAUCGGAUAGAUUCAGAUUUGGAAUGUUAUUCGUGUAUGAUAUUAUUCAGAGAGAUUUAACGUUUUCGGCAGAUUGAUCGAUUUAAAUAAUGUUGGAACAAGAAAGGGAGAAUCGUCGUUAUUGAUUAAAAAAAAAAAAAAAAAAAUUAAAAAAUAAUAAUAAUAAAAAAUCUUUUUCUUCAUCGAUUUUUAAAUAUACUUAAAUAUACUUUGUUUCGAAUCUCGUCAUCUUCGAGUCUCGUUCCUUUGAAAUGAUGUUCGGUUAUAAUAACGAUCUAGGUUCGAUGUUACGCAUAAGAGACUCUGAAUGUCAUCAUUUCACGUAAUAUCGAUAAUGAUCUCGCGUUCGAGAUAAAAGAAAAAAAAACGAAAAAAAAGAAAAAAGAAAGAAAAAGACAAAAAACGAUAAAGCUCACUCGAAACACGCGUCAAUCGCUGAUAAUCAAAGAAAAGAAGCAGAAAAAUAUCGAGAGGGGACGUUACACGUUAAUUGUGUCACUAGAUAAUCGAUAUCCGCGACUCGCAUAAUUACGAAAUGUUGCACAAUUUAUAUAGUUAAGCCUAGAUCGCAUUGUACAUAAAGAAUAAAGGGAAAAAAAAAAAAUUCAUAAUCGAUAAUGUACCGUGUUAUAGAGGAACGUCAAGCAUGAAUCAAAAAAGUGGCAGAGGUAAAAUGCGGCAAAACGAGUACAGACUUAUUAUACUGUAAAGAUAUUCAUCGACGUGAAUACUGUUUCAAUAAAUGUAAUAUGAUGAUAUAAAA